AUGCUCAUUUUGCGACCAACAGCCAACCCGCUGGACGGAACGUUGGACGGCGAAAACAGUGGAAACCCGGAGGUAACAUCGGGCUCCACCAAGGAAUUUCAGUGCGACUUGGUUCCACUGGAUGCUGCGAAAUCCUUAAACGGAAAAUGGAAGGCUACUGUGGACCCAGUUGGGGCGGCAACCGUUACGGAGUUGGAAGACGGUAGCUCAGCGAAGAUAGGACCUCCAAAUUCACAAGGUUACCAAAACCAACCGAGCUCGUUUAAAGUGUCGUGUGCGUUUUCAACGCCCGAAGGAACACCGAUUUACACUUUUGAACGGACAGUAGCGGUAAAACGGGCCAGUCCCGAGAUUCUGAUUGGCGGUGCGAUCACACGGCACUCACGAGGAUCAGAGCGAAACAUAGCAGGUUCGGCAGACGGUGCACGAUCACGCGUUGGAGUCGAUUCGCCAUUCCCAGUAAUGCGUGCCUUGGGAGAAACCGACAUCAGCCAGAAGAACGCGAUCCUCAACGUCACCCAGAGACUGAACAGUCACUCCAUCUGGGUCGACGCGAAGCCCAUUCGAAUGCGGCAGUCCACUUGA